CCAGGGAUGAUUUUCUCUUUCCUGCCAGGAGAUGAAGUCUCAAUAUUCGCUGCUUUUGAAGUGAAGUCGCUGAGCUCACAAUAAAUCUGAUCUCGGUCCCCAUUGCAGUGUGGUGAAUCUCUUAUACAGCACUUCAAUUGACUUGUGUUCUCAUCAUCAUAUCUCAUCAUCAAAGCUCAGAGUGAAAUUUAUUUCUAGCUUGGCAAUGCAAGGCUUAGUGGUGUCUACUGUUUCCAAAAAGAAAUCAAAUGGGACUUCAAGGUUCACAAGGCCAAGCUCUGAAUGUCUGCUUGCAUGGGUUCUCAUUGUUAUCUGUGGAACAGCUCUUUUUGUACUCCUCAGCAUUGGUGGAAUGGAUUCCAAGUCUAUGGAGAAGAAGAUGCGCCAAAGAGCUGUUCAGAUUCCCAGGGAAGGAAAAGACAGACUGAGGCCUGGAGAACCAGCAGUAGUUGAUACUGUCAAACGUCACUUCUACCCAGCUUACCGUCCCAAGCACCAUCUGGAGGGAGAAGACGAUGAAACAGCUCCGAAAGAUAAUUUGUUGGCAAUGGAACUGGGGAAAUUUGAUGGCCCGAAACGCAGCAAUCAAGAUGGUGGAAAAAUUGAAGACAUAGAAAAGGAGUUCCCAAAGCGAUUUGACUUCGGGAAGAAAAAAUCCGAAAAUUUGGAGAAGAAACAAUCCACAGAACCGUCAUUUUCAGGGGAUGAUUCGGUCAGAAGAUCUCGAGGUUCGCUGGACUCAAAAGCAAAAAUGUUCGAGGAUGACUCUGACCAAGGAUCAAGUGAUCAUGGCUUGGGACAGAUGAAAGCAAAGGAUGAUUCUGCCAAAAUAAGGGACCAUGAAGACUCCAAAACAAAAAUCUCCAAGGAUGAUUCUGCCCAAGAGGUAAAUGACCCUCUGGAUGGCUUGAAGCUGAAAAUACCCAUGAAAUCAGAGAAGGGAAUUGACAAUGAUGAUUCUACCAUAGAAUCAAGAAUAGACCAACAAGACUCAAGAACUGAAAUUUCCAAGAAUGAUUCUUCCAAAGAAUUCAAUGACACAGCGGAUGACUUGAAACUGGAAAUGGCCAAGAAGGAAUCUGUUCAAGGAUUAAAUGACCCUCUUAAUGACCUUAACAAAACUGAUUCAGUCAAAGAUAAUUCUGAAAAUUUGGAAGAUGGCGAAUUGAGAGGAAAGCAAAAUAAGAAAAAGCCUGCUGAUCAGGCAGAAAAGCAAAAAAUAGAGCAGAUUGAUGAUCUCAAAAAAUACUCAAAAGGAGAUGAAGCUGAAGCAUCCAGCAUAAAUGGACCAAAGAAGUCUGCAAUAGAAUCGAAUAUCUUUCGAAAAGCUGUUCCUUCCAUAAAUGAUUCUGAGAAAAAGGAUCUUGAUGGUAGUUCAGAUGCUGGUAAAUCAGAGAGUAGGCCAGCAGAAAAAAGACUAGAUCAAGCCAAAAAGUUUCCUGCAAACUCAUCCUCACCUGACCAGCGCACUGCGAACAAAAAUCUGACAAGUGAUUCUGGAACAGAAACACUGUUGGAAUCCAGAAAAGUUGAUCACAGGAAUAGAAUGAAAGGAGAAUCUGCUUCAGCUGAUGAAAAUAUUGUUGGGCAAAUAAAGCCAGCAGCGGAUAGAACACAAGAUUCAUCAAGAAAAAAUGAUGCCAUUUCAAAGAUUGAGAAAUCUGUUGACAAAAAUUGAGAAAAUAAUGCAUCUUUCUGGGAAACAGGUUUUUCCACGCAUCAAAAAGGGAUUUUGGAGUAUUGGCACUGGUUCAAUUUUCAGAUAGCAAAUUAGCAAUAAUCCUGCUGUCACUUCCAGGUGCAUAAAAUAAAUUUCUAGCAAUAAAUGAAAAUAGACAAAAAACAAUUUACAUAAGUCAGUUGAAAAUAUAGGAAUUUUUCCCUAAUCAAGUAAGAAGGCAAUUUUAUCAGGAUUGAAAAAAGAUAAUCUUAUUCAGGCGACAAUGAAUCACUUGAAAAAAAUAAAGCCAAAAUCAAGAUAGACCAGAAGUAGAAAAAAUAAGAUUCAGGUUUGCCAAAUUAAUAAAUACAGCUUUCCUUGUGAAAAUACAGCCACACAAAUUGAGUCAUGCAUGUACAGCAGCCUAAUUACAAUUAUAAAACACAGUGCAUCUCUCAGAGUUUUUCUAUGUUUUAAACCAAAGAAUAUGGAUUAAUUGCCUUUAUUUGAUUUUUGAGGAGGCAGCACGGAUUUUAUCAAAAAUUGUUGGGAUUUUGGGGAAUUCAUUGUGAAUUCAAGAGAAGAAAGUUUGGGUAUUCAAUGUUUGUGGUGUAUUUUGCUACUGCUUCACACUGAUGUUGAUAUUUUACACGUGUGACUGGUUGAAUGAAAAAAAAAUAUAGUAAAUACUAAAA